GCACACACUCAAAGGUCUACUGGACAACACGGUGGUUUUCCAAAGUAAUUAGCCUGCCUGAGCAGCUUCACGAAGCAGCUAGCUGAUGGGGCUGAGGUGUCAAUAACUGCCAGGAGUCCCUAAAAGACAAAAGGAGCCCCCCCAGACACACACAGAGUCCAGCCCUGAACAGAGAGUCUCUUCAGAGCAGAAGGUAACAGGGCUGUGUGUAUUAACUAGCGGCUAUAAGAGGCAGAUGGAGAUACACAUAAGGCAAGAAGCUCUUGCUGCAAGCUUGCUCCCUGCCCAAUACCUCAAUAUUGAGCAGGUUUUCUCAGUAACUAGGGAAUAAAUACAAAUUCCUCACGCAAAGAACCAGAAAUGAAAAUGCCAUAGCAACCAGCAGGGACAGAGCAGGGUGUCACACUGCAAGCUGAUACCUCUUCCAUGCUUCUGCCCCACUCAGAUCCCUCCGAUCACUCCUUCUAAGCCCUGAAAGCUCCCCACGGCAGCAGCCCACCUCAGCUUCCUUGGAGCGCUUUGGUGACAGCCCUGAACAGAACCCCACACCCAGAACUUUAAGCCUUGCAGAAGGGGAGAGGAGGCUGAGACACUUUAGCUUCCUCAGGUUGUUUUGGUUUUAGAAAGAGAGAAAGAAAGUUUUGCUGAACAAAGAGAAUAAGUAUGCAGUCCCGGGGGGCAUAUUUGAAAGCACAAGUAAAUAAAUAAGCAAUUAAGUAUUUGUGUAAGUUGUGCCUGAUUUCUCCUGAGACACUUCCCCCAGAGACAGCAACAGAGAGGCAGAGACCACAAGAGCUUCACCACAGCGUUGCUGCACCCAGGAGCUCCCCGCAGCUCACACCUCUGUUAUCAGCACCAUUUGCACAUGCAGAUGGCACUAGCAGGCACUCAGGCAGCGUCUUCCUCAGACUGGUUCUCAGCACGUGCCUAGAAAUCUCAGUAGAGCCAGCCUCAAAGGUUUGACAGCUGCUGUAAAGCUGCUUCUCGCCGACCGUGGGGCAGGCUGGGACUCUGCCUGGCUGUCCCCAUCCGACAUGGAAGCCACCAGGGCGCUGUGGUUACCAGCAGGUUUUCCGAGCAGCCCUCCCUGGCAAUCCUGGGUGCUGAGGCACGCAGCCAGUCCACAUCCCAGCUGUCACCGCAGAAGCAGUGCCUGAAUGCCAGACCUUUUUUGCCUGUUGCAGGGACUCCUGGGGGACCACUGUGGGCACCAGCCCGCGCCUCGGCUCAUUGCCGAGAAGGAAUUUGAGGCCCUAACUCUGCAGCUGCCCGGGGACUCUGCCCAGCUCCUGACACAGUGGUACCAGCGGGAUGAGAACACGUUGCCCGCCUGCUACGUGCUGCAGCCGGCUGCCGGGCAGGCCUGGCAUCGCCUGGAGGGACGCCUGGCAUCAGCGCUGUGCCUGGCCGCCCUGAAGGCAGAGAGGUGCGGGCUGCUGGACCCGGAGCAGAGGCACCACUAUCACAAAUCAGUGAUUGAAUGGGAGAUUGAACAGGGUCUCCUCAAUACCUGGCAGAGCAACCCAGGGGCUUUCGUAUUCCUCAGAGAGGUUGAGGAUCCCAACACACAAACUGGACAAGGGACAACCAGUGAGCUGUUAGAAAAAGAGGACAAUCUGGACAGUGAAGCAAAACAGCUGCCCAGCAACCUUAAAGCAAAAAUGGCAAGCCGUUAUCCCGAACACCCCAAAGUACACACACUAGCAUGCAGUAAAGACUCCGGGAACCCUCAGUGCAAGGAGAAUAAUAAAUACCUGAAACAACUUUGUGAGCAGUUCACUGCUGUCGCUAAUCACCAGGUUUUAGAGAAUCUUCGAUAUUGAGGACAGAUCAGUGAGGAGCCAGGGCGACUUCUGCAGGAGCUGAGCCACCACGCAGCUCUGUGCCUGAAGAACUGCAGAUUUUUCUGUGGGAGACAGAAUUUACUGGAUAACAUUUUUCACUCUGUUAGGCAGAACAAUGAUAAAACCCACACAACCCUCAUCCUUUAUGGGCCACCUGGCUGUGGAAAAACAGCUGUGAUGUGCAAACUCUCUGAGCAGGUGCAAGCUGGUUUAGGGCAAGACAGCGUAGUUGUGAUUCGUUUGAUGGGGACAUCCCAGCUCAGUUCUGCCAUUCGCAGCCUGCUGAGGGACAUUUGACUCCAAGCGUGUUUAGCAUUCGAUUUGCCACCGCCUCCAACCCAGACUAAACAAGCUUGCAGUGAUUUGGUCUCGUUCCUCAGUAAACUCCUCCUCACCGUCUCCCACUGUGGCACACGGACACUGGUGAUGUUCCUGGACUCUCUGGAGAGAUUGCUUCCUGGGGAUGGUGCUCACAGAUUCCACUGGCUCCCUACAGAUUGCCCUCAAGUCCACAUUGUCAUUUCCGUUUCCACAGGAGAGCCUGAUACUCUGAAAGCUCUCCAACAUGCUGUGCCUGAGGCUGAAGCGUACUUCGAAGUAGGACCCCUAUCCAGUGAGGAAGGUGAGGAGAUGCUAGAGACGCUCUUAGCGUCAGACAGAUGACGGCUAAGCCCAGCUCAACAGGCCUAUUUCCAUCAGAGUUUCCCUAGUGGCGGUCAAGCCCUGCUCUUCAAGCUGGCCUCCCAUGAGGCCAGAAAAUGGGCAUCUUACACUUCACCUUCAGAACUAGCGAUUGCUAGCACAGCCCGGGACGCCACUCACCGUCUGUGCGAGAGACUGGAAAAGUCACACGGCACAGUCCUUGUGGCUUACGUGCUUGGCUAUACUGCUUCCUCACGAAAUGGGCUGUCAGACAUGGAGCUGAAGGACAUUUUAUCCCUUGACGAUGAAGCUCUCUCAGAGAUCCACCACUGCCACCUUCCUUCAAGUAAAACUAUCCUGCGCCUUCCUCCUCUCCACUGGGCACGGCUAUGCAGCGACCUGGGAGAGCGCCUGGCAGAACGGAAAGCAGAUGGCUUCACCCUUCUUUGCGUUGCACACAGGCAAUUCGUUGAAAUGGUGCAGAAUCGUUACCUGUCAAAACAAGACCAAAUCAAGAGGCAUUUUCUCCUGGCAGAUUUCUUCAAGGGGACUUGGAGCUGGGGAAUGAAGAAACCUCGUACAUUGCCACACCUUAGCAGGACUUUGAAUGCCGACAGGAAGGUAGCCCCUCAGCCCCUCUGGUUCUCCGAUACUGUUCCAAAUCUGAGGAAGUUGAGUGAAUUGCCAUUUCAUUUACUUGAUGCUGGACGAAUUGAGGAGCUAAACCAGGAUGUGCUGGGGAAUAUGAACUGGAUCAGCUGUAAAAUAAUUGCCUCUGGAAUAGAUGUUGUUGAUGACUUUGCCAUGUGUACUGAAUGCAUCCCUUGUCCAGAACUACGCCUCGUGCAGGAGACGCUUCUCCUUUUGAAGCCUGCACUCAGCAGCGUACGCAGCCCUGGAGUGAGUAUAAUAUACACAGAAAUGUUGGCCAGGCUUCUUUCUUUCGUGCCUUCCUACCCGGAGGUAAUCGGGAAGCUGUGCCAGCAGUGUCUAAGCCGGUGCAGCGUCUGUCCCUAUCCUGUUCUCAUUCCACUCUGCGGAUUUCUCCAGCCACCUGGUGGGCCUCUACACACCAUGCUCACCGGAUUCCUCGAAGGCGUCACAGUGAUGGCACUUAGUUCUGAUCACCGGCUGCUGGUGGCAGGUUCCCAGGAUGGCUCAAUGUUUGUCUGGAAUAUGGAAGUUCUUGAGAUGCUGCGUGUCCUUCCUGGGCACUCCGCUGAGGUGAGGUGUGUGAAAGUGUUUGGAAAAGGGACCUCUGCUGUUUCAGCUGCCAUGGGUCACAGUCUGCGCAUCUGGAAUUUGAUUUCUGGCAGAGCAAGGUUUAUUAUCCGGGAUACGCAUAUCGAAGAACCGCCCUCACAUCACCUUCAUGUGGAUGAGGGGCACAUGAUUGUAUAUUCUUCCUCAGAUACUAAGGUCAAUGCUUGGCACCUGGAGACAGCAGAACUCAUCUUCCAGAUUUCUGGAGAGGCGUCAGACGCAUGGAUGUUUUCUGCAGUAUUUGGCCCACAGCUGGUGAUUAUGACUGUGUCCGAAGGAGGAACGCUGAGCCUGUGGAACAGCAACACUGGCGAGCUGAGAUCAAAACGUCAGCUGUCAGGGCUACAGGAAGAAACACCAACAUCCAGCGUUCUGAUCCAGAAGCAAGGGAAGACGAUAGUGGGAUUUAGUAGGGGAUCUCUAUCCAUGGUGUGGAGUUUAGCAGAGCAGGGGUUGCUGACUGACACACUGGAUGCCAUGGGAGCACCAGUAAUGCUCUUAGCCCUGUGCGACUGCACUUUGCAUAACAAUCUAAUCCUAACCAUCCAUUUUCAUCCCACAUCCCUCCUGAAAGGCAUUUGCUGUGCUUGCUUCUCAAAAGAUGAAAAGUACGUGUACACUGGAUCGCUGGAUCAGGCCAUUACAGUCCGGGAUGUUGCAAGUGGUGCCUUGCUGGCUGUACAGUGUAUAUACACAACUGCUCUCAGAAUUGUGCCAACUGCAGAUGGAUUUGUGGCAACAACAAAAGCUGGUUGUGUAAUUCGUGAGCAGUUUCACUGCCCAAAGACCACCCCGCCUCGGUAUAACCCACUCCAGAACAUGGUGGCAACAUGUACGGUAAAAUCCAGAAAGAAAGACAAGGAAAACUCAAGGAAGCAACAGUACAACCAAGGAAAUUCUUCUUACCUCAGAAUUACAACAUUAAACGUUGCUGAAAACGCCCUCGCUGCGGUUAUUGAGUCCGGUGAUACCUUGGCACAACACGACGGCUGUCACGCACCAUAG